GGUCACACACAGGACCAAGCAGGAGCAGGACCUCAGCAUUUUUACAUUUUAUUACAAAUGGAGACACAUGAAGAUGUUCAAUACUGUUUUCAGGACAGAAACUUCUUGCAGAAAGGCUUUGCUAUCAACAACUAUCUACAUAACACUGUACAUCAUCUUCUCAUUGAUUUCAGCAGUUACAGUAUUUUUGAACCUACUGGUGAUCAUCUCCAUCUCUCACUUCAAGCAGCUCCACACUACAACCAACCUGCUCAUCCUCUCUCUGGCUGUGUCAGAUCUCCUGGUGGGACUGAUUGUGAUACCAGUAAUGACUGUAGCAAUAAUGGAACCAUGCUGGGGUUUUGGGGAAUAUUUCUGUGUGUUUCAGAUCUACAUUGCUUUUUUAUGUGCUUCUUUAUCUUUGGGCAAUUUGGUCUUGAUAUCUAUUGACCGCUAUGUUGCUGUGUGUGAUCCCUUAUUGUACCACUCUAAAAUAACAAUAACAAGAAUGAUGUGUUGUAUAUUCAUUACCUGGUGUUGUUGUAUCAUCUACCGUGCUGCUAUUAUAAAAGACAUUGUAAAUGUGCAGGUACCCAGUCAGUGUUUGAAAGAAUGUUUUAUUGUUGAAGGAAUAACCUGGGGUAAUAUAAUUGACCUUGUUAUUACAAUGGUUGUCCCGUGCUCUGUUAUUAUAACACUUUAUUUGAAAAUCUUUGUGGUGGCCAGAUCACAGGCCAGAAAGGUAUUUUCAAAAGAGGCUGCCAGUGUGUCUGGUGUUAAAACUGUACAGGCAAAUAAGUCUGAGAGAAAAGCAGCAAAAACUCUGUCCAUUGUUGUUAUCAACUAUCUCAUUUGUUGGAUUCCAUUUUUAUUUUCUUUCUUUUUGUUUUUUAACUCUUUUAUCAAUCCAAUAAUUUAUGCUUUCUUUUAUCCAUGGUUCAAAGUGACAGCUAAACGUAUUUUAACUCUGAACUUUUAAAUUGUAUUUUUUUAUUUUUAAAUUCUUUAUUUUAACUAGUCGGUUAAGAACAAAUUCUUAUUUACAUUGUCAACUUAACUUAAGGCAUAAAUAGUUUUUAUUCCUACGUUUGACAAACAUGUGUUUUGAUAUAGUUUUGUAAUACAAUUGUUGUAAUUGCUUCUUUCAUGUAACAAUACACUGACAUUACUUAUCUCAGUGUUUUCAUCAUACGGUAGAGUGUGGUGGUGAUACAGCAUUAUUUGUCUGGAUUGGUUUGGAAUGACUUGGGAAAAGUAUAAGAAAGCAUAAGCUUGUUUUAUCAAAUACAUUGUAGUCAUUUUGGGUUGUACAUUCCAAAAACCAA